UUGUCCUUUCUUUGGGUGCGCGGGUGCCCGAUGCAGCUGCCUCGGCUAAUAAGCCAUUCCUGAAGGGAAGGGAUUCCCCCCACCCUCCCGAUUUACGAAAGGGGAGACAGCGCGCCCGAGGAUCUGCAUCCUACAUGCUCGCGAUCUGCAGGUGGAUUUGCUCCCUCCGCGCAGAUCCCGAAGGGCGUCUGAAGCUCCCGGAUAGCUUUGGGGAGAGAGACACUCGCUGCAGUUCGGUUUCUGGCUGAUUUUAACGUGCCAGCCUGUCUCGGCUGACAGGAUCUGUCUCGUAAACUUCUACGCCGCGGGGUGCGCUUUCCGCUUGCAAAGAAAAUGGGACAAAAGCCUCGCGCGGGUUCGGUUUAAAAGAGAAUUGCUACUAUCUUUCUUGACGGUGAUGUCCACUGCAUAGGCAGACCGAUAAGAGAAGCAGCUUUCUGUAAAACCACCACGUUGGAAUCAACAGCUCAAACAGGGAUAAUUUACUGAAGGGACAAUAGGGUUCAAUUGAGAAAAUUCUCUCCUGUGCCGUUGUAUUUAUUGGAGGUUUGAAAUAGAUAAAAGUAGAUACUUUGCUUCGAGUAGGGUUCUCUCUUAUAAAUGGUUGAGUGUUCACUUGCUUGAAUCGGAUUCCAGUGGUUAUUUAGGCAAGGGGUGUCUGGUCUGUCUGAGAUAUAUUAUUGUUCGUUAAAAGGAUUGUUAAACGGAGAGUAAAUUUUCUGCAUGGUGCUCAUGUGUGUAAAUAUAAUGCAUAUAUAUAAACAUGCAAUGCAUUCAAAUCUCUAAAAAAGAUUAUCUUUUUUAGAGAUUUGAAUGCAUUGCAUGUUUUGCUGAUCUGUUGAUCUGUAUACAAGCAAUGUGGUUAUGAUGUUAUUUUCUCUGACACUUUUUGCCCUUCGAUUUCUAAAUACCUCUAUUAUAUAUAUUUUCCUAGGAGUCUGUUUUAUUAAAGUUAUUAGAACAAUAUUGUGUAAAAGAGAAUAUAGAAGCUUGUAAGAUGUUGCAAAAAUAAUGUCCUGGAUUUUUUACAGUGCAAUCAGAUACAUAUGUAUUGAGAAGUAAAUCCCAUUAAGUGUGUUGAGGAUGACACACAAGAUUAAGUAUCUAGGUUGUUUUUCUUAUUAUAUAUAAAAAAGGUUAGAUAUCUGGGAUUGUCUGAACAUUUUUCUGUUUAUUUAUUUAUUUAUUUUGCUUUUUCAUAGGAUUGUUUUAAACAUAUGUUAGAAAUAUGGCCGUGUCUCUCAUUAUAAAAUGGGGCGGGCAAGAAUUUUUAAUAACCACCUUGUCAGAAGAGGACACAGUGUUGGAUCUCAAGCAAUCACUCAAAGGACUUACAGGAGUGCUACCAGAACGCCAAAAACUUCUGGGACUUAAAGUAAAAGGCAAGCCAGCAGAAAAUGAUGUGAAGCUUGGAUCGUUAAAAUUGAAACCAAAUACUAAAAUCAUGAUGAUGGGGACUCGUGAGGAAAGUUUGGAAGAUGUCCUCGGGCCACCUCCUGAUAAUGAAGAUGUAGUCAAUGAUUUUGAUAUUGAAGAGGAAGUUGUUGAAGUAGAAAAUCGGGAGGAAAAUCUGUUGAAAAUCUCCCGCAGAGUUAAGGAGUACAAAAUAGAAAUACUGAAUCCUCCAAGAGAAGGGAAGAAAUUGUUGGUCCUUGAUGUUGACUACACAUUGUUUGAUCACAGGUCAUGUGCAGAAACGGGAAUUGAGCUGAUGAGGCCCUACCUUCAUGAGUUUCUGACCUCUGCUUAUGAAGAUUAUGAUAUUGUAAUUUGGUCUGCAACUAAUAUGAAAUGGAUUGAAGCCAAAAUGAAAGAGCUGGGAGUAAGCACCAAUGCAAACUACAAGAUAACCUUCAUGUUGGAUAGUGCUGCCAUGAUAACUGUGCACACUCCAAGGCGAGGCUUAAUUGAUGUGAAACCUCUAGGGGUUAUAUGGGGCAAAUUUUCAGAGUUUUACAACAAGAAAAAUACUAUUAUGUUUGAUGACAUUGGUCGAAAUUUUCUGAUGAACCCACAGAAUGGACUAAAGAUAAAACCCUUCAUGAAGGCACAUUUAAACAGAGAUAAAGAUAAAGAGCUUUUAAAACUUACUCAGUAUCUCAAGGAAAUAGCAAAAUUAGAUGACUUUUUGGAGUUGAACCACAAACACUGGGAAAGGUACCUCUCAAAGAAACAAGGACAGUAAUUUUAAUUUUGUGAUGCUGAAACCAAACAGAAGAUAGAGAUCCUUUGAUCUUGUAUAAGCUAGAAUAAAGUAGUGCUGGACACUGACUUAAUCCACCUGAGUGACUCUUAUACCUGGCCUUUUGGUUUGUGCUGGUCUCUUUCCUGAAGAUCAGUGCUGACAAAAUAAAGGAAAAGUAAACUCAGAGAUAACCUUAUCUCUGAAGCUAUGUAGAACAAUCUCCUUCUUACUGCUAUUGUAGUAUUGCCAAAAGUUUGAAGAUUGUAUUGUUUUUCAGGGGGUGGGGGAUAGAAAAUAAUUAUUCAGUCUAUCAGUACUGUAAAUCGAUUUCCAAAUUCUGAUCUUGACCAUGGAGCCAGUUUUUUUGUAAUCUCAGUUUGAGAAACAAGUAUAUUUCAUGUUAUGGUAUUUAAGUUUAUGAAUUAUAAAUUAUCUGAUUAUGUAAUGGUUUGUUAAGUGUUCCUUUUGUGCAGGAAAGCACUAUCAAGAGGGAAAUAUACUGUCAUGCGCAGAUCUGAAUGACAAGAUCCUUUAUACAAAAUGUUUCAAAUAAGAGAAAAGAUUUAAACCUGAAGAGAACCAGGAUAAACUUCUUAAAAGACGAACAUUUGUUGUUCUGUUCUAAAUCAAUCUUCUUCAGGAUACAAGUGCUGUCAGUGACAACAUUCAGCAAGAAUUGUUCUAAAGCAUUGCAUAAUUUGUGCUGCUUUGGCCCACACUGCGGAAGUAUGAUAAAUAUCGACCGAUAGUCCCUCACUGUGCCGUUCUUAUGCUCAAAAGCAGGUUGCCUGUUUCAAAUUAAGAUAACAAAAUAGUUCUGAAGAAAGUAGAACAGGCAUGCUAAUAUGAAAAAUGAUAAUAAAUGCAUUUC